CUGGCUCCUUAUACAGGCGCCGUUCUCCGCACACAGAGGCACACGCACUGUUCGCUAUGGCUCCGGCUCUGUCACUAUUAGGAGGCUGCUGCCGGGUGACCGUGACUGCGGGUAGGAGGCUGGCAGGGAGACCCCCGGCACCUCUAUGGCUGCACCGCCUCUCGUCUACUUAUUCCAGCGGGCCGGAGAACGGUGACAUGAGAAAAUACCUGAGCGAGCACUACAAGGAGGCGAGGAGAGGCAUCGAUGAACUCAUUCCCUCCAUUUCAAGCAAUCUGUUCAAUCCAAAUGCCAUCUUUGCAAACAAUGAGAUGAGUCUUGCUGAUAUUGAAAUUUAUGGCUUUGAUUAUGAUUACACAUUAGCAUUUUACUCUAAAGAUCUUCACACCUUGAUUUUCAAUACUGCUCUUGAUCUCCUAAUCAAUGAGCAUCGGUAUCCAAGUGAGUUAAAAAAAUAUGAAUACAAUCCAAACUUUGCAAUUCGGGGGCUACAUUAUGAUGUUCAUAAGGCACUGUUGAUGAAGAUUGACUCCUUUCAUUACAUUCAACUUGGAACAGUGUACCGAGGAUUUGAUGUUGUGCAAGAUUCAGAAGUCAUUGAAAUGUACCAAGGUUCUCAUGUACCGUUGGAGCAUAUGAGCGAUUUCUAUGGAAAGAGCUCUGAAGGCAACACAUUGAAGCAAUUUAUGGACAUAUUCUCAUUGCCAGAGAUGACUCUUCUCUCUUGUGUCAAUGAGUACUUUUUAAAAAACAACAUAGACUAUGAACCAGUUCACCUAUAUAAGGAUGUCAAGGAUGCAAUUAGAGAUGUCCAUGUGAAAGGGCUAAUGUACAGAGCAGUGGAGGCUGACAUUGAAAGGUACAUUCGCUAUGGGGAGAAAACGCGAGCUGUGUUGGCAAAACUGGCAAGCAAUGGCAAAAAGAUGUUCCUUAUAACAAAUAGCCCCAGCAGCUUUGUUGACAAAGGAAUGAACUUUAUUGUUGGAAAAGAUUGGAGAGAUCUUUUUGAUGUCGUUAUAGUUCAAGCUGACAAACCAAAUUUUUUCAAUGACAAGAGGAGACCAUUCCGUAAAGUUACCGACCGAGGGGUGCUACUAUGGGAUAAAAUUCACCAGCUUGAAAAAGGCAAAAUCUAUAAGCAGGGAAAUUUAUUUGAAUUUCUCAAGCUUACUGGCUGGAGAGGAUCAAAAGUGUUAUACUUUGGUGAUCAUAUAUACAGUGACUUGGCGGAUUUGACAUUGAAGCAUGGGUGGAGGACAGGCGCUAUUAUUCCAGAACUGAAAUCGGAGCUUACAAUUAUGAAUACAACAGAGUAUAUUCAGACCAUGGCCUGGCUUCAGGGGUUAACUGGGUUACUUGAACGUAUGCAGGUAUACAGAGAUGCUGAGUCACAGAUGAUUUUGCACGACUGGAUAAAAGAGAGACAAGAAACAAGGGACCUGGCAAGAAAAAUGUUUAACCCUCGCUUUGGAAGUAUAUUCAGGACGAAUCAUAAUCCAACCUAUUUUCUGAGACGGCUGGCGCGUUUCGCUGAUAUCUACAUGGAAUCUCUUAGCUGUUUACUGAACUAUGAUUCCCAUCACACUUUCUAUCCAAAGAGGACUCCUCUACAACAUGAAGUUCCGAUGUGGUCCGAGCAGCAGCACCCUGGAACAUUUGGUAUCCCGUUCUUGCAGGAAAUGGCACAACUUAAAUGAAUCGCCUUUGUCACUUUUAUGUUCUGCAUUGGUAUGGCUAAUGUGGAUGAUAAACUUUUCAUAGACUAUUGCUUAUCGUACUGUCAUGUGGAUCAUUGUUUGCAAACGUGUUUUGCAAAAUACUAUAUAUAUCUUCAGACUGAAGGUGAUUGCUGAGUGAUACAGCUUUAUUUUUGAAGAUGUUUUUAGCAUUUUUAAAGUCCAUUUUAGACACACUUCAGAAUGUCUGUUUGUUUUUCAUGAAGCAGCUACUUUUAUGUUUGUAGUUGAUUCAGUACAAUGAAGUAUGGAAGUCCAUAUAUUGGUUUCUAAAAUAUUUUGCAGCUUGUUUCACGAGUCUAGCUGUUCUUAGUUUCUUUUUAUAACUAGUGGGCUGGUUUAUCCUUUUUAGUGCUAGAUCAAUUUCUGUAACCACCUAUAAAACACCAUAAUAAACAAAUAUUUACCUUACUUUUAGGUAAAAAAAAAACAUA